GUGUUAUCUUUGACUAACAUGCAAAAAGAUAAGAAAUCAGUAAGGGGGCAAACACUUUUUCGCACCACUGUAUAUUCUUAUGUCUGAUCUCUCUAAUGUUUGGCUUGAGAUUUUCAAGAGAAGAACAAGUUUUAGUGGAUUCCUCAAAGGCUCAGCUAUUUAUUUUCCCCUAUUUUUAUCAUUAUUAAAUACUGCGUGGGUAUUUAAAAGUAAAACAAUGAAUAAUGAAUGUUACACGUUGCAGUUAAAGGGCAGUAGACUUUAUUUUUGUUUAUGGAAGUCCAUUUCAGUGUGUAGUGUAUAACACUGUAUACUCCUAAAUGGUGUCAGUUAUGCAAAAAAAAAGCCUUCCCUUGAAAUAUUGCCUGUUCUGGGAACAUUUCAUUCUCCCCCCCCCCCCUUUUUGCAGACAUUAAUUACUGUGUAUGUAAUCAAUAUUUGUGUGUUCUGUUCUUGGAAAUUACAGGUAUGUUGUACAUACUGCCAAUGGUUGUCUUGCAAGUUAAGACAUACCUUUAUUAUUAAACUAUAAAUAAAACUAUUUUAUCCUUUUGGGAUGUAUUUGUGGCUCAGCAUGUUUAUUACUCAGGACUUAUGAGCACUUGGAUGGAAACAGCUUAUCUCCAACACCAGUUAAGGAAGUAACCUGACAUGUCUAAUAAAAUUUAGGAAUCAGUAUAAUUGAGGCAGUAAAGAGGGACAGUUUACUCAAAUAUUGGAAGAUAACACUUUAAAGGAUUUAUAUCACUAUUUUAAAUGUCUGUAGUAUAAAAAGGGAUUCAGAUUUCAGUCUUUUUUACUCAGCUUCAGAAAAUAAAUAGGAGUAGAUAGGAGAUACAGUAGGUGCCUUUGGGUAGGCUACCAUUACGCAGGGUUUUUCUAAAUCGUGCCAGAAAGGGGCAAGGACACAAUCAUUUAAUAUUUUCUAAAUUUUUUCUUCAAGUUUGAAUGAGCAUAGAGAAGAAUUUAAGCAUAAAGGUGUGUGCAGCAUCACUCUUACCAUUAGCGCAAGAGAGUAAAUGUAAUGUAAAUGUUCUUCAGAUGGAUUUUGUAUGUGUAUGUGCUAGAGAGUAUAACAGUACCUCUUCUGUCAUCCUAGGUAUGAAGGGAUUAAUGUAUGACCUUGCCCCCACAACUAACAGGACUUAAGGGAUGCUUGAUGAAUGCUGACCAGGAGGACGUAAUUCAACCUGCACAUUAUCUUUGGGUCCUGCAUGAUGUAAAGCUUGCACCACAGCCUCCUCAUACCCCCCAAACCACGCAGCAAAUUCAGUGAAUUUAGACAGCGCAGUGUGGUAUCCUACCUGACACUCCUACUGCAGGAGGCGGCCUCUUCAUGGAUGCAGGUCGCAUGCCACCUUCGAGAGCCGUAGGAAAUAGCACUUGUUCUAGCUGUCUGGAUGCAUGCAUAAUGCUUGGACCCGUAACACGAGUUGAUUUUAAAAUGAAAACAUUAGAAAUAGAUGGAAUCAAGGUGCGAGUGCAGAUAUGGGACACGGCUGGUCAGGAGCGUUAUCAGACCAUUACCAAGCAGUACUACAGGCGGGCACAGGGUAUUGUCUUUGUAUACGACAUCACAGACGAGCAGUCCUUUCGGCACAUAGAGAAGUGGGCCGGUGACGUGGAUCAGUAUGCCCCAGGCAAAGUGCAGAAGAUCUUGGUCGGAAAUAAGUCUGACGAAGAGCUCGGGAGACGGGUGACACAGGAGAGAGGAAGCAAGCUGGCAGAGACCUAUGAGAUGGAGUUCUUUGAAACCAGUGCUUCUACCAGCAGCAACAUCAGUGAGUCAUUUACUCAUGUGACUGCGCUGGUGCUGCAGGCUCACAAGAGAGACGUGGACAAUUUGCUAGGAUGUCUGGAUGAUUACCUAGAAAAGGUUGCUCUGGAGGACGAGAAGGGGAGUCAGGGCCCUGACAACAACACUCGGAGGGGGUGCGCCUGCUAGAAAGAAGUGCCAUGACUGAUAACUUAAGAUAUUUGUUCAAAGAUUGGUUUCGGAAGUCUAUGAUGUUGCAGAUGCAGUUGGCUGCAGAUACCAGCAGAGGGCCAUAGUUGCUGCAUGAUCACUACGGGCUGUAGCCAGUGAAGCAGUCCUGAAAAAUGUGCUCUCUUUAUUUUCCUUAGUGAAAUACAGUUUUGCACUAAACAUCUUUCCUCAGUUGACUGUUUCACAUUAUUUUUGUUUUCUUGUUGCUUUUUACAUCAGAAAUCGGUUUAGUUUGAGAAGAGUAUGAUCGCUACAAAAAAGUAGCCACAGAAGAGGGUUGAAUUAUUUAUAAUUUGAAACUCACACCAAGCAGGGAUGGAUUCAUUUACACAAUGGACUUAUUUCCUUAAGGAAGACUGUGUUGUGCCAUGUUCAAUGACUUUAUGAAUGCAAUAUAUGUGCUUUUACCGUCCUGAAUGUAGAUGUGUUUGUUUUAUGAAUACGAUUGGCGUUGCAUGCUGUGUGUUGUGCAUGUAAGCAGUGCUGUUGCUUAAGAUAUGUUGAUGAGAUGCCACAGAAAUGAAUUUUAAUGCAAUAUUUAAAGCUCAA